GUUGUCAUCUGUUUUCUCCGACGAUUUUUUCUGAAAUUCCGGUGAGGUUUCUAGUGUUUCUGUUCACCAUCUUCUGUCUCUUUGAUAUUUUUGAUGGCUGAACCAUCUAGUCCACACAAUGUGGAGGGUGAAAACCCUGAACAGCCGAUAGUGGCUGAGGAAGAAGACGAGGAUGAUGAUGUGAAUGUUCCCGGUGGUGGGUUACCGGUGUUGAAGUGGACAAAAGGUAGUUUUAAAACCCUGAUGGCCACUGUUCAGAUGGCCAAAGACUGGAAUGCUACUUUCCCACAAGUGGGGGACACCGGUGCCGAUGCUCCGGCCGGUUAUAUAACCUUGUGGGCGGAUUUUUUCACCCACGGUAACCUUAGGUUGCCGGUGACGGUGUUUGUGGCGGAGGUAUUGGAGUAUUAUCACCUCCAUAUCUCCCAGCUUAGUCCUUUCGGAAUGUUCCGAAUUCGGAAUUUUGAGUACACAUUCCGUGCCUAUGGCCUGCCCAUUUCAGUGGAGAAUUUCCGGCGUUUCUACCAGUUGACGGUGAACACCGGUUUUUUCUCGUUCACUCAAAGGCAUGGGAGUCUGAAGUUGAUGACACCCCCUAAGGGUGUGACAGGCUGGAAGAAGAGGUUCUUCUACGUGAAAGCCUGUGCGGUCUAUGCUAACAUGUCUUUCAGGAACGUCGAUGUUGGAGUUUCCGAUGAAGAUAUUCCUGUUGCUUCCGCAGAGACCGCGGACUGGUUCUCUAGGCUGCGGCCUAUUGAACUCAAGAAGUUGGAUAAUGACCAACUAUGGAUAUUGCGGAUGAUGCUCUCUAGACCGGAUAGGAAGGAAAGACCCGUGUUGCGGGAACAGGGUGGUGCGGAUGCGGUUGGCUUGUGGAGGAUGUUUGAGCCUGAUUUCAAGGGCCAGGUUGAACUGAUCGCGGUUGAGUUGAAGAAAGGUUUCAACCUUGAAAUUCUGAAGAACUUCCGCGUACCAUCAAAAGCGGUGCUGGAAGCCCCGGUUCCGGGAGACGCAAGAGGUGUCCUUGCGGAUUUGGGGAAGUUUGAGAAACGCGUCCCCAAAAAGACUGUGGAGAAGAAAACGGUAAAAAAGACCGUGCGGGGUCGUGGUAAGGGGAGUGUUGAAGGCUCAGCUGCCCCUUCUUCCGUUUUCGAAGCCGCAGGUACCUAUCAAUCUUGUUCUCGGGGAUAUACCGAUUACGUCGUAGUAUCUGACACCCUUGAGGGUUUGGGUGUUAUAGGUAGUAGUGCGGCCGCGGGUGGAACUGAAUCCCGAGAUGCGGGGUAUUCUUUUGUUGACAUUCCUGCGUCUCCUCCGCACACCGCUGCCGCGGGUGCGGGUGUAUUGAAGGAGAAGGUCGCGCCUAAGGAGCCUGCGGCCCCUUUUGCUGGGCCAGUUCGUGAUCCCCCUUUGGAGAAGACGGUGGAGGCGACUGCUGACAGGAUUUUUGACACUGUGGACUCCUCGGACAAUCUGAUCUCUCCUGAUGAGGAUGACGGAUUGAACUUGAGGUUUUCAGAUGCCGGGGGAUGA